CUAUGGCACGGCGUCUGCAGAGAGGCAGCCCAAUAAACCGAGCAAUGGGUGAAGGAUUUGAAAGCUCAGCUGUGAAGACACAAAUCCUCUCUCCCUCCAUCGAUAGUUUCUCCUCUCUCCCUGUCAUGGCUGCUCUUGCUCUUGUAGUUCUCAUCUUCACCAUGUUUGGUGGAUCAGACGCGGCUUGGUGUGUCUGCAAGCCUGAUAUGAGUGACACUGCUCUCCAGAAGACGCUGGAUUAUGCUUGUGGAGCUGGAGCUGACUGCACUCCCAUCCUCCAAAACGGAGCUUGUUACAAUCCCAACACAGUGAAAGCCCAUUGCUCCUAUGCUGCUAACAGCUACUACCAGAGGAAAGGGCAGGCACAAGGGACCUGUGAUUUCUCGGGCACUGCUGCUCUUGCCACCACAGAUCCAAGUUACAGUGGUUGCACUUUCCCUGCAACUGCCAGUGCUGCAGGCACAGGAUCAACACCAGCAACAACCACACCCGGCACAACACCCGGCACCUUCUCCCCAACCAGUGGAGUAGUAGGGGGAUUGGGGCCUUCAAGCAGCAUGUCCAACGAGGACAUGAGCCAUGGUGAGUUCCUCAUGAAAGCAGGGAUGGGUUCUCUCCUCCUCACUGUCAUUUGCUCACUGAUGGCUUUGUUGGGUUGAUGAAAAGCCUCCGGUUCUAGCGUAUGAUCCCAUUGUUGUAACAUGGACUGAUACAGAGGCAUUUCUCGUCCA